AUGGCCUUGCAGCUGGCCCACGAACGCAACGGCCUCUUGUUGACUCGAGCUCACACCAGCACCUCAGACGAUCGUGCCCGUAUCCUGCGCAUACUGCACGACGAAAACGCCGACCUCAGCAAGGCGCAAGCGUGCGGGCAUUGCACCCAACUCACCGCAAGGCUCACCGAGUCGCUGCUACAUCACCUACUCUUUGCCAAGGGACAGCUACCCGAACCUGUCAGCCUGUUGCGAAAGAAGAAAGAGAAGACUUUCUCUGCCAUUUCAACCUCGACACAGCGUCGCUCGCACAGCAGCUCUAGUCACGCUAGGAGGGAAGACAAGAUGCUUCGCAAGCUGGACCAGCUCCGGCGAAACCUCGAGAAUGCUGCCACGCAGAUAGCCACCUUGGCUGACAACAACGGAGAAGGGCCGUCUAGUCAUCCGUACACGGCACCAUGGCGGUCGAUGACCGCAAAGGACCUUCGCUUGCUGGUCGUCAUGGGGGCCAGCGCCACAAUGCCGCGUGAAGUCUUUGUUCUCGAUCUGAUCCAGUCGGUCGGCAGAUGCAGUGUGCCGGACGCUGCGAGUCAAGGCCUCAACGACGAUUUGUGCCCUGUAGAUGGUGUCCAUGCAGGUUGCAGCAUGCAAGAGACAGAUGUGCAUCUCGAAGAGCUCCUGUCCGAAGCCUCGGACCUGCAGCGCGACGCAGCGAGAACAAAGACGAGCGCCAACUGGGAACGCAAGCUGGUUCGGCUGCUUGUCAGUGACGAAAGGCUAGAGGCCUUCUUGGGAUCGCCGCUUGCGCCUACCAAAACGCACCUCUUUCUCAGUGCGCCGGUCUCGUUUCGCUGUCCUGGAUGGUCAGCUCGCCACCAUCUCGACUUUGACCUGGAUGUUCUCUGCGAGUCUCGGUCGCACGAGACGGACGGGCUGGAGCAUGCUACCGGCUCUACAGACACCAGCCUGUCCUCUCUGCCGCCCGGCAGCGCUUCUUCGCGCAAGAGGGCGCCUCCGAGUCCGUUGCAAGCACAGGAUCGGAGGUGGCACAAGGCAGCAUGCGAGUCUUCAUCGUCGAUAGCAAGCUCCUGGCCCGAAGAUAGUGCGUCCGAACAGCUUGGCGAAUCGAGUAUCAGCUCGGUCUCGGAUGAUAGUCGGCCUCCGUCGGCAGCGGACCAGCCUUGGCACACAGGCAGCAACAAAGCAGCCGCCGCUGAAGGUUGGCUCGCGGCAUGCAGCUCACCACAUUCAAGCCAUCUGUAUUCGCCCAGCUACGGAGCGCACAGUAUCGAGACGAGCCGCACGGGAUCGUCGCUCGGAUCAUCGACCGUUUAUGGUCACAAUUCGAUCGAUGCAGUGACUAGCUCGCCUCGAGACUUUGCAUUGAGCUACGACGAUACGUCCGAGGUGCGGGACCAUGACAAUGAUCUCAUGGACGACAGCGGCUUAAAAGUCACAGCAGCCUCAGCAUCGACUGCACCAAGUCGUGACAGCAGUUUGGGCGUUCGACGUCGCUCUCGCGAGCCAAAAGCUGGAGGCCUACUGAGCCGCAACCUGCUGCGAGCCAAGCAAGGCCGACAGAACUCGUACGCAGGAUCUGACUCGAGUUCGGUGCGCUCCGUCGCCUCGUCGCUCAAGCGUGCGCCUCGGUGUGCCGGAUUGCGGGUCGAUUUCACAGAUCCAGAACAGGCAGCUGACGUCGAUGCUGCUGCCAUGGAACAGCCGAUGAUGGAGCGCUGCUGGUUCCAAUGCGAAGCUGUGCUCGAAGGUUUCCGAUGA